CGUGCGACGGUUUCCGCUGUCUCUUGUGUUUCAGUGCUUGGCAUAGGCCACGGGAACAAGCUGCUCACUGAUCUGUACAACUGCCAUCUGACUAAGGUUUACACCGUUGGUGGGCUGUUUGGUAAGGCCACAGAUGACUUCUCAGAUACAGGGAAGCUAGUAGAGAAGACAACAUUUGAUCAUAUCACAAGGGAAAAGCUGGAACGGAUUCUCGCUGUCAUUCAAGGAACAAAUCAUAAGGCCCUAUUGAUGCAUUCUAACAUUGAUAUGAAAACUCAAGAGGCAUAUGAGCUGGCUGUCAAAGGGUUAAUUCGCCCCAUGGGAAAAAGUCCUCCAAUAAUCACAGUAAUUCGAUGCCUCCAGUUUACUCUUCCUGAAUUCCAGCUAGAAAUCCAUUGUUUGCAUGAGACUCAGCAGUACCUCCGAAAAAUAGUUCAUGAGAUUGGUCUGGAGCUGAAAUCAUCUGCAGUGUGCACACAAGUGCGAAGAAUUCGUGACGGUGUUUUCACACUGGAUGAUGCUCUCCUGAGAACACAGUGGAACCUGCAGAGCAUCCAGAAUGCAAUUUGGGACUGUCAGCUUAAAGUGAAAACAGAGAUAGAGAAAACACUAGGUCCUCGAGAUAAAAGUGUUCUUCAUAAGACAGACACCGAGAUGGCCCAGGCUGCAGACAGCUGAGCGUAUGCUAUGGAGGGAACAUCCACAAGUGAUCUCCGUAACACAAUAACAUAGCCACAUGCUGACAGAAUGAUGGACAGCAGAAGGAAAGAGGUUAAUUGCAGUUCACUUCCACCCUUUCCUUGAGAUGACUUUAAUCAGAGAGGUGUUUUUUUUCAUUGACAGGCUGUAAAAUUUUUUUUAAAGCAUUGCAAACAGUUCAUUAACAGGAGUUGCUGUGCCAACAUUCCUGUUGACUUUGGGAACAGCAGGUUGCUAAGGGAUGUAAAAACCCCUCUCCAAAUUUUUUAGCAGCAGGAAAUAGUGUCUUACAGAGCUGCAUUCCCUUUAUUGCAGAGUUGUUUGUUCCUUGCAGCUAGCAGUGUAACUUAACUACUGCAUGAAUUUUCCCUGUGUUAUUGUGGCACAGUAUUUUCUCUGUGUUAGCCUAACUUUCAGGCACACAGGAGCUCAAAAUCAACCAAAUUGAGAGAGGGAUGUGCAGGAGAAAACACAGCUCACUUAAAGUAACUAGAGGAAACGUUCAUAUCCAAAGUAGGCAGGUGGAACAAGCUUGUGAUAGGGGGACUGAUGCAUAAGAUGAAAACAGAAGAAAUAAAACAGAACUAAAAGUGACGUAAGGGGAAAGAGGCUCUCUCUUGGCUCAGUGCUUGUAGAAGAGUACAUUGACUCAAAAGAGUGCAUGCUGCUUAUUUGAUUUUGUUUUUUGGCUGAGGAACCAAAGUUGUUUAGGGGGUCUGUAGUAUCUUGCAGCUGCAUGCAGACGUUGUCUUGUGAGUUCUACCCUUCAGCAAAAAACUGUGAUACAGCCUGUUCUCUAUUAGCUUCUUAUAUAUGGAUCAGACUUAACAAAAAGACUUAACAGAGUGAACAUGCUCUUUCUAAAUCUAAAUUAUAAUCUGAAGGUAUACUCGCUAUUAUUACACUCGCUAUUUUUGCAGCUAUAUAUUUUACCUAGAGAGCCUGAAGAUCUAAUACAUAGAGAACUCCUAGCAGUAAGAAGAGAUUUGACCCAUUCCUCUUCCGGAUUUGGGCAAAGGCAAGCAUAUUUUUUUCCUCCAGAGCCAUUAAGGUAAGAGAAGUGACUCUGGGAAGAGCAGUAAGGGGACUGUGAUGAAGGAAUUACCUUAAGCGGUAGGUUCCAGCCCUGUCCUGAAGCAUGUGAGAAGUCAUUAACUUCAGCCCUGGAAUUUUUCAGUUGUUCCAGGUCUCCUUGCACUGUAGUGUAAAGAGCAGCCAAAGCAGCAGUGGAGCAUAGCUGCUGCCACGUGGCACAUUAUCGUGCCAGCUACAGAGCCACAGAGACUUGCCAAGGGGCAGUUGCUCUUACUUCAGCUGGCUGGUUUUCUGUGCAUUCCUCCUCUGAGGACAAGGGACCAAGAUCAGGACACCUUCCAUGGACAGUUGUCUUGUGCUAACCAGAGGGUAAACCAGUCAUUGCAGAAGCGUGAAAUGAGAGCUGUGCAGAACACUUGCAUGGCUACAGCUGCAAAUGUUAACCCUAAUGUUCCUACAAGAGCAGGAAGAGGAGACUUCUCAGUCCUUUCCUUAAUUUCCAACACCUUAAAUAACUUUGGUAGUGGAAUAUGCUUCCCACCACAAGGCUCACACCUAACAAAGUCAAGGAAUUUCUGUACAUACUUUUCCUUGCAAAAAACAUUUUCAGUUGCUUGUGCUAUUGCUAAGUUAACAUUUUGGUUUGGAAUGUUCCAGGCUAAACCAACUCUUUUGCAUAAAAAAAAAAAUGUCAGCCAAAACAACAAUGUGGGUUUUGAGAACAAAGCUGGCAUUUUUCAGUUUUA